CUUCUCUUCCCCAGGCUAGGCUGGCUGGUGGUGGUGUCGCUACCACAUGGCCGGUCGCCAUCUUGAAACCCAUCCGGUCUCCCCAAUGUUCCCUCAGCUGUCUCGCCCACCUCAUUACCACCUCCGGUCUAACUCCACUCCUUAAUUCCGCUUCUUGCCCAUCGUCAGCCGACCACUCAUCAGUCCUUCCACGACCACACACUCCUUCGUCGCGAACCGAUCGAACUCUCGUGUCAUCCAUAGACACCUAACUGAACCAACCCUCCGGUCGAAUUCACGACCACCACCCCUUCCACCCACCACCACCACCACCACCACACAUACACAACUCCCAGACCACCACCAAAAUGGGCAACGUCAUGUCCCUCGGCUUCAUGGCCAAGCUCUUCGGCACCAAAGAAGUCCGCGUGCUAAUGCUCGGUCUCGACGCCGCCGGCAAGACCACCAUCCUGUACAAGCUCAAGCUGCAAGACCACGUCACCACCAUCCCCACGGUGGGCUUCAACGUCGAGACGGUGACGCUGCGCAACAUCAAGUUCAACAUUUGGGACGUCGGCGGCCAGGACAAGAUCCGUCCGCUCUGGCGCCAUUACUAUUCUGGAACCCAGGGUCUGAUUUUCGUGGUGGACAGCGCGGAUCAUGCCAGAAUCGAUGAGGCGAGGGUGGAGUUACAUCGGAUUAUCAAUGAUCGCGAGAUGAAGGAUUGUUUGUUGUUGGUGUUUGCUAAUAAGCAGGAUAUUGCUGGUGCCAUGACUCCCCAAGAGGUCACCGAGAAGCUCCAGCUCAACAAGCUCAAGGACCGCAUCUACGCCGUACAACCCACCAUCGCGGUAGACAAGGCCGGUCUGCAGGAGGGCUUCAACUGGCUUUCCGAUAACAUGAGGGCUGCCCAGAAGCAGUGAUCGAACCCAACCCGACACGGUUUUCGAUCGAGCAAGAAACAUAAACAGGGCCACCCACCGGCCGUUAGCCGUAGCCGAUGACGGAUCAUGUUCGCUGUCUUGUCUGGCUUUGUCGAGCUCCAAGCUACACACACUCCAGACGUCAAAAACAGAUCCGUCAAGGCGACAUUCGGUUUCGGCAAACAAUAACGGCUCUCGCACCGGACUGUGGUGUGCGGUGAACUGUUAACCAAGAAAGGGAAAUCGAGCAGAUCAAGAGAAAGAGAGGGUAAUGACUCAUCCCAACACAAGAUGUUUGUUACGAGACAGAGAGAUGAACAACAAACCUUUCCCAGCUUUUUUGGGAUACGCAACGAGAGGGGACUGGAAACUUGGCUACUUGAUUCGAGUUGGAAGAAGAAGCUGGGGAGGAUGGAUUGCAUGGAGAACGGAGAGG